AAAACUCAGACUGCUUCUAGAUAAGUUUUUGGACCAAAAAAAUGUUUCUGUUCAUUACGGAAUAUGAGACCUUGUGAAUCUUCGCUGGUGCAUCUUUUUUUGUAUUAAGCUGGUCUUUGUAAGAAAAUGUAGGCAUCGAUCAAAAAAUAGGAGGGGUAGUUUUUUAAAAAUAAAAAACAAAUAGGAGUAUAUUUCAAUAAUCAUUUUAUUUAUUAGGGGUUUAGUUGCUAUAUGAAAUAUUUUGACAAAGGGGUUAUAUUCUAAAUACACUUUUCUCCGUUGGUUGCUAAUAUGAACACUUGGGGAUAUUGAGAUUUCGAGUAGCGCUAUCUCUGGACAAGAACUUCACUUUUGGAGCAAAAAUGGCUUUCAAAUGCAAUUUAUAAUUCUGGGUUUAUCAUUUUUAGUAACUUGAUUUGGGAAUUGGUGUGUCUGGUUGUGGAGGGAUACGGCAAAUGGAUCAUUUCGUUCUAGCUACAGUUGGAAUUGGACCACCAAUCAAAAGAAGAGCUGGUUUGCGGAGGAAACAAGCUGGAAGGGGCUCUUACAGAGGGAGUUAGAGGCUGAUUACUCUGAUUUCCUGUUUUCGUUUGGAGAACAAACUUAACUUUACUAACUGGGGAUAAAGGUUUUGAAUGCAUGUGUUCAAAUAAGGAGAUCAUGGGUUUAAAUCAACUGCAGCAAAUUCUUAGAAUCCUCUGUUAUAAUACAGAGUGGAAUUAUGCUGUGUUUUGGAAGCUUAACUGUAAACCUAAAAUGCUGCUAACUUGGGAAGAUGCUUUCUUUGCUAACCAUGAACCACUUGAUCCUGCAAGGAAUUUAUCUGUUGAUUCUACCUCUGAGAACGAAGAUAAGAAUUACUUGCAGAACCCACUGGGAUUAGCCAUGGCAAAGAUGUCACCUCUUGUAUAUUCCUUAGGCGAAGGGAUUAUUGGUCAGGUGGCACUGACAGGAGAUCACCAGUGGAUUUUAACAGACAAGCCAACACCUACUACUUGGCUACCAUUGGAGUGUUCAGAUGGGUGGCACGCUCAAUUUUCAGCGGGUAUUAGGACUGCAGUUGUUGUAUCUGUUUUUCCACUUGGAGUCGUACAACUCGGAUCCCUGAACAAUGUCAUUGAAGAUGUUAAUCUAGUGAUCCUGGUCAAGAACCUACUCUAUUCACUUCAAAACCUCAUGGGGUGUUUUCCUAGUCAAGGAGAAUGCUUUGCAGGUAGUAACUUAUUUCUGGGAAAGAAAGAUGGUGUGAUGGCCGAGUGCAUAGGAGAAUCACUGAUGCCAAGUAAGGAUGAAAGCGCGGAGUCACGUCAACCACAAUCUGUGUGCAUUGGUCUGGAGCAUCUGAAACCAGCAAAAAUGAAUCUGUAUCGACAAAAAGAAUUAAUAGACGGGAUAAAGAAUAAUGAGCUACAAAAAGAUUCUAAACGGAAACCGGAUAUGCAUACCAAUUCAAGUUAUACUGGUGGAUCGAGUAAAUCCUUCAACUUUCCUGAUGGUUCUGAGCUGCAUGAAGCCCUUGGAUUGAGUUAUAUGAAAGAUAAUGAUAGUCGUCCAUGGAAUGAGCCGAAGAGAACAGAAAAUGGAACAAUUCCAGGUUCCCAGAAAGAGGUGGUCGAUAGCUGGCUUGAAGCAGAUCCCGAGUCAAGUGAUCUUUUAGAAGCCAUAGUGGGUAAUGCUGGACCUAAAUCUAAUGAUGUUAACGGUGAUGAAUCAUUCUGCAAACUGGAUCAUUCGGUUGUUACAGUUGAAAACCCCAUCAAAAUUCAUUGUUAUUUUAGGAAAUUCAGUAGUUCAGCAGGUGAACCAGUUAUUCCAUUUUCUCGCCUUGAAGAUGACACAAAUGAUUGCCUGAAUUCAAUUUCAAGCAAAGCGUGUGAGUCAUCAUUAAAGAGCACACGUACUGAACAACUGGAGAUGCAGGUGCAACCAGAUAAGAUCAACAAAAAAAGAGCCAGGUCUGACAGUUACAGACCUCGGCCGAGGGACAGACAGCUGAUCCAAGAUCGUGUUAAGGAGCUGCGACAUCUUGUGCCCAAUGGGUCAAAGUGCAGUAUCGAUACAUUACUGGCGCGUACAAUCAAGCAUAUGUUGUAUCUAGAAAGUGUUACUGAGCAUGCAGAGAAGUUAAAGAGAUGUGACGGUACAAAGUUGCAUGCUAAUGGGAUGGGCAUACUGGGAUCCUUCGAUUGUCCACAUGGUGCAAGCUGGGCGUUACAGGCGGAAAGUCAGGAAGAAGUUUGUCCAAUAACACUAAAAAGUUUUGAUGCAAGCGGGAAGAUGCUUGUAGAGAUGUUGUGCGAAGAUUGUAGCCAUUUUCUUGAUGUUGCAAGGGCCAUUAGAGAUUUGGGUUUGACCAUUUUAAAAGCUGCAAUUGAAGACCAUGGUAAGAAGACAAGGGGAUGCUUUCUUGUUGAGGGGGGGAAUGGCAGAUGCCUACAUCGGACGGAUGUCAUGUUGUCACUUGUGCAAUUAUUGAUACCUAAAAGUGCAAUCUGAUGAUGGAUGGUGUGAACUUGCCCUGCGUGACUAAGAUGAGAUAAUGUGAGUGGAUGAAUAUGAUCCAAAAGUUUGUGACUCAUCUUUACUAGUAGCUUACGUCUCCCAUGUAAAUGUACUUGUUUCUGUUUGCUGAAUAAAUGCGUGGAGACUGAUACAGUCUUCUCUACCCAGUGAGUUUCUUGUUUUUUUAAACGCUUGUUUGAAAUUUUGGGAUAGCAACCAUGGCAGAGUCUAAACUUUCUGUACCAGUGAUGUUACCACCACCUUAUGAUUUUCAAUUCUUCAUCAAACUACCAUUUUUGAAUUUGCAUCGUA